GUUCAACAACCAGGUAUAAUUUCUAGUGAUUUGUUGCGUCGGAUGGCUCUGGCUCAGUACUGGAAGGACUUUGGCCUUCAGCAGCUGCAGAGGGAACUGGACGUGGUAGCUGCGGAUACAGCUAAGAGACAGGAUGAAUCAGACAACUCGAGGCGCCGUCUGAUAGAGCAGAGUAGAGAGUUCAAGCGUUCGGCAACAGAAGAGACAAGAAAGCAAGUUGCACCACUCCUCAAGAGUUUUCAAGCGGAGAUUGAUUCACUUUCUCGCCGUUGCAAAGCAGCUGAGGCAGCAUUUCUCAAUUUAUACAAGAAACUUGUCGAUGCUCCAGAUCCAACUCCGUUGCUGGAGCAGGCUGCGGAACGACAAAAGAAAAUUGACACGCUGCAGGCUUUUGAAAUUGAAAACAAGAAGUUGAGGAAAACAUUGGAAGAAUACAAUGCCGAGUUUGCCCAAGUAAAAAAUCAAGAGGUAACUGUUAGUCGAUUGAAAGAGAAGUUGAAAGAAUAUGAAGAUAAAGAAGAGCAGGCUGUGAUGUCAAAAGUUAAAGAGAAAGAGCACGAACUGCAGCAGAAAUUUGGAGCCAAAGAACAUGAACUGCAAAACACUCAGUUGGCAAUUGUUAACAAAUUGGGAGAAUCUGAGCAGCAAGUGUGUGUUCUUCAAGCAGCUUUGGACUCCAGCCAAUCGGAGUUGUUUGACUUAAAAGCCAAGUAUGAAGAGCAGGCUGCUGCAAAAGUGUCUGAGAUGGAAAUUAUUGUAACUGACUUGGAAAGAACACUGCAGAGAGCCGAAACGGCAGAAAAAGAACUGGAACAAACACAAACACAACUAAGGGAUUGUCAAGCUAGGCAAGAUCACACAGAUGAAGAGAAAAGCAUUUUGAGUGACAGCUUACACUCAUUGUCUCAGUCUAAUCUACAGGUUGAACUUGCAGCAAAAGAGGGCGAGAUAUCUCAGCUGGUUGCCGACAUCCAGCAGCUUCAAUCGUCACUGAACAAGAUGCGAGAUUCUGGUUUAUCAAAGGUGGCAAUGCUAGAGGAGCAGUUGACUGCUAAGUCUGCUGCUAUUGAGUCUUUGGAGGCAAGACUAGUUCAACAACAGGACUAUGAAGAAAUCAAAAGAGAACUAAAAGUAUUGAAAACUAUGGAAUUUUCACUGGAUUUUGGUGAGGAGGAAUUGAAAACAAGUGAACCAAAGACUCUGGAAGUGCUGUUAUUAGAGAAAAACAGAAAUUUGCAAAGUGAAAACACAGCUUUGCGUGUUACUCAGAGUGGACUGGAGAGUCGCCUGUCUGUGCUUGAAUCGGGACAGGAGGAUGCAAAGAAAACUAUUGAGGAACAGCGAUCACUAAUAGAGCAGUUGGAGACAGAUCUUGUCAAUGUGCAAUCAUUUCUCCCAGUUAGAACGGAAGGCGAAGGCGAAGCCAGUCCUGUGGGAGUGGCGGGCAUAUUGAAGACACAAUCAGAACCUGUAUAUGCAACGGGAUCUGGAACAGCUGACUCUCUGUUACCAAUUAUUUCAAGUCAAAGAGAGCGAUUUAGAGCCAGAAAUAUGGAGUUGGAAGCAGAGACUCGGCAUCAUCAGCAGGUAAUUUCAUCGUUGAGAAAUGAAGUUGACACACUUCGAUCAGACAAUGUCAAACUGUAUGAGAAAAUCAAGUUUCUUCAAAGUUACUCGGCUACAUCAAAGGUUCGUCAAGGUGAUGAUGCAGUCCAUCGCUAUUCUAUGGAAUAUGAAGAGAAAAUGGAUCCGUUCUCUGCCUUUAGUAAAAAGGAAAAAGAGAAGCGGUAUUUGGGAUUGAGUGGUCCAGAAAGGGCAACUCUGAAUUUGGGAAGGUUUAUUUUGUCAAACAAGUUUGCCCGGACAUUUGUGUUUUUCUACACCAUCAUCAUUCAUUUGCUUAUAUUUACGGUACUUUAUCAGUUGGCUUCGACUGCUGCUUGCAAGCGUGAGGUUGCCACCGAUUGUUUUAGAAAGUAUGCCCAGCAUAUGCAACAGGAGCACGGAAUGAAUAGUUUCACUGUAUUUGAUGCCCACCAUGGGCAUGAGACAGGAUAGAUAUACAGUAUAUAGAGACUUUUGGAGUAAUUGUUAUUGUUCGGCUUUACUUACAAGGACUAUAGACGACGUUUUAGUCUACUAGCAGAGGCAAACUGCGAGAGAACAAGCUUCAUACUCUAUAUCCUAAUUAAUAAGUAAUCAAAGUGAAUUUUUCUUCAAUUUUGUUGAAAAUUUUGAGCCGACCAGGAAACAUUUCCUAACAAGAGAAA